AUGGUGGCUGAGGUAACACAGAAGCAGCAGAAGGAGGAGGAAGAGGAGGAGGAGAGGCGACGGAGGCUGCCGCACAUGAAAGGCGCAGCUGCGUUUGAAGGAUCGGAGCAGGCGGCCGCGGCGUCGUCUGGCUGGUCGCCUGCGGGAGAAAUGAGCAGUCGUGGCGGCGCCGCCGCCAGCUGCUACAGCCCAGCCGCCGCUGAGGCCUUCCGUCAGCACAUGGCUCCGCUGCUCGAGGACUUGGCGCUCGUGGCGGCGGCACCCCAGCCGCCGCCGCCGCCAGCGCCUGCGGCCGCCGUGGGGCCGGACGGCAGCAGCAGCGGCGGCGGCGGGAACAACCUGAGGAGUCAUCUGUUGGACUAUUUGGCUUCGCUUGGGCUGUGGCAGACGUGGGAAUGGAUGCUACAUGGACACGCCGUCAGAGGCAGCAGCGGCGCAAGCACUGCCCAAGAGGCGCUUUCUGCGCCGCUGCCGCCGCCGCCGCCGCCGCCGCCGCUGACGUCACUUAGGACAGCAGCGGAAGGCCAAGAUGGGGCUAAUGAGGACCUCCGACACGUUAUCGGCGCUUGCUGCGGCGACUACGACCUCGCUGCGACGACAUCCGCCUCCGCCUCCGCCACCACCGCCGCCGCUACCGCUCCCGCUGCUGCCCUGGUCACUUCCGCCGUUGCUGGCCGCAGCGCUUCACCUCUCCGUCGCACGCUGCAGCUGCUGACGCCGUCCCCGGCCGCCAGAACGGAGCUUCCAGAACCUCGGGACUCGUUCGCCUCUGCACCGCCUCCCCGGCCAAUGCCGCAGGGCUCGCUCGUCGCGCUGGGCAGGCCUCUCCGCCGCGGCCUCCUGCUUUCCGGUGCGACCCUGCUGCGCGGCUUCCCCGACCCGGCGCGGGAGGCAGCCUAUGCGGCAUGGCGCGCAGCGCAGGCACCCUCAGGCCUGGCCCCUCUGGCGAUGGGCGUGGCGGUCGGGUUGGUGGCGGUGGUGGUUACAAAGUUGCGGUUGGAAUGGAACGGCAUCAGUCAGCCAGUCGUAAAGGCGCUGGCGGGAAUGCUAUGGCUGCUGUCGCCAAUGGCGGGGCAGUAUCUGCGGCUGGGCAUUGUGCAGCUGCGGGCGCGGUGGCUUCGGAACCGGAACCGGAUGGGCGACGGACCCACGGGUGGCGGGGACCAGCAGCAGGGGGCCGGAGCGGCGGCAGGCGCUUCAACGGCAGCAUCGGCGGCGGCAUCGGCGGCGGCAUCGGCGGCGGCGCCAGGCGGCAACGUCGCCGCUACCGCCGGCUGCCGCAGCGUUGGCGGCAACAAGUUGGGGUAUGGAGUUGGAGGAGUGGGCAACGCCCUGGCGGCGGCGGUAGAGGAGCGCGACCUGGCCUGGUACGACACGCUUGCAGCCGCAUGUACGGGACUGCUGGCGAGCGUGUUCGGCCUGCUGACGUACACAUGCAGCCGCCCGGAUCUAGAUGUACGGCAGGACGACGUGGGAUUCGUAUUCGGGAUCUUCAUGGGACGAGCCAUCUUCGCUCCGCUGGCAACUCAGUUGCGUUUGACGGCGCAGCUGCUUACAACCCUGGGCAUGGCGGCUGUGGAUGUCGUACAUUUGCAAGUGCUGUGGGGCGGAUUGGUGGGCCCUCUGGUGCUGCUGGCAGGGGCGGCGCUGAUUGCGGCCGCAAAUGUUUCCGUAAGUGGCGCAAUUGAUGUACGGCAACGUCGGGAGUUUGCAGCGGCGGCAGCGGGGGGUGUUGCUGAAUUCGAAUCGGGAGUGCGGAAGGGCAUGAUGACGGUCUGACAGGAUGUCACGUAGAAGGGCUUAUCCUAGCGUUGUUGCUGAAAUUCUGUUGGCAGGCUACCGUAUCCGCCUGCUACGUGCAGCGCAAGCGCUGUGUUUGGUACGUUUAUGUAGUGUUUGCCCGCAACGGGGGUCCUACACAUUGUUGCUGCUUUGGGACACAUGGUAUUGAACAAUAUGUAAUGUGUUGGGUGUUGUGAUGACGUUGUCCUUUACUGACCGUGGGGGCGGUUGCAAACGGAUGGUGGGUGGCUAUCGGGGGAAGUGGCGGCGAGGAGAAGGAAGAGGUGCGGUUGCAAUCGGAACUGCCAUACCCCGCGAUCGCUUGCGUCCAUAGUACGAUAUCCCAAAGUCUCACUCAACGUAUUGAUAGGCAAGUUAGUAUACUAGUGAAGUAAAAAUGACUCCUUUGCUUGUCCGGAAGCAGGUUUUUUGAUUGCUAAUGCAUAGCCUAAUUUUUAUCGCUGCGACGGUUACAAUUCCCCUCGCAAUCGAAAAUGAGUGGCUGGAAGAUUUGAUGUGUGCGGUUUCAUUUGGUAAUUAGUUCGCUGGCAUACGGUUUGUCGUUGUUGUAUAGUAGAAGUUUGCACUUCUCUGCAAACAAUGCAUAAACCCUAGUGAGG